CUCAUCGCUAGGCGAGAGACAUGAUGUAUGUCGAGGCUGCAGGUUGCUUGCUUCUGAUAGCUGUGUUUGUAUCAGCACAGGAGGAAACCGAGCCGGAGUUAGCUCCCCUAGAUGGCUGGUACAACAAUCUGCUCCACCCGGACUGGGGUGCCGUGGAUUCUAUUCUGUUGCGCAAGAGUCCCACUGCCUACGCCGACGGAGUCUACCACAUGGCUGGUCCAACCCGACCAAACCCUUUUGAAAUUAGUAAGGUGGCCCACAGAGGCAUCAUGGGAUUGGGAUCAGAGAGAGGUCGGACAGUCUUGAUGACACAUUAUGGGCAACAGGUAGCAGAGGAAAUGUUGGAUGUCCAGAGACCAGGGUGUCCAAGGGAAUAUGAAAAUAUUGUUGUCCCUGAUGAUGAUCCUCUGUACACGCCUGGAAUCCAGAUGCCUUUUAUUCGUUCAAGGUUUGAUGCCAGAACUGGGCAGUCACCAAGCAACCCACGACAACAGCUUAAUGAGAUUACUCCUUACCUGGAUGGUCAGCUGAUGUAUGGUCCAGCUAAGGCCUGGACAGAUGCUAUUCGUGCAUUUGAGGGAGGUCGACUGAAGGCUCUGGAUGGCAAAUACGCACCAAUAAAGGAGAGCUUCCCUGCCAUAAAUGACAUUCAACUCCCAUUUGCUAAUCCACCAAAUCCAAGAGAGCAAACCACAGAAGAACGACUGCGGCCUGUUGCAAGAUUCUGGCGUUUGGGAAAUCCUAGAGGUUUUGAGAACCCUUUCAUGCUGUCUAUCGGUGUGAUGUGGUUUCGUCUUCACAACUUCUGGGCAGACAUGAUCAGCCGGGAACAUCCUGACUACACAGAUGAGGCUUUGUUCACUGAGGCAAGGAAGUGGGUUGUGGCCAUGCAUCAGAAAAUCACUGUGUAUGACUGGCUACCUAGAUGGUUGGAGAUACUAGACAAUGGAUCAAUUUAUAAUAUCAGUGAUACAGUAUCAACGCCAGAGAGACCAACAUGCCCUUAUAAAGGUUAUAAUCCCAACAUCCAUCCUGGUAUCACACACGAGUUUCAGUCGUCGGCCAUGAGAUUCGGACACACACUUGUCAGUCCUGGUUUGUGGCGUCGGGGUACACCUCAAGGGUCUGGCAACGAUCUGAGGGGAAACAAUGCCCUCACCAACUGUAACUGGACACAUACCUCUCUCAGGGUUCCCGGUCAGGUUGGAGAUCAAGUCCAUGCAUUCCGUCUGUGUAAUUCUUACUGGAACGCCCAGGAAUCGGUCGUAGAGGAUGUGGACUCAUUGUUUCGUGGAAUGGCAUCCACCCUUGGAGAGCGAGAAGAUCAUAUCAUGGUGGCUGAUCUUGCAGGUUAUGUGUUUGGGCCCCUAGAGUUUUCCCGGCGUGACCUUGCGGCAUUGAACAUCCAGAGAGGUCGUGACCAUGGUCUCCCUGACUACCAGGCAGUUAGAGAGGCCUUCAAUCUGCCCAGGCUGAAAAGCUGGGAAGACAUCAAUCCUACUUUCCCUGCAAAUGUUCCUGCAUCAACUGUCGAAGCCAUAGCUAACCUACAGCAGCUGUACAUUGAUAAGGGACUGAAUGGAACUACUCCUGAGGAUGUGGACCUGUUCACUGGAGGCCUCAUGGAGACCACAUUUAAUGGGCCAGGGCCUCUCUUCCGUGCCAUCCUUGUCGACCAAUUCUGUCGUGUUAGGGAUGGGGAUCGGUUUUGGUACGAAAACUUAGAUAAUGGAUUGUUUUCCCAGGCAGACAUUGACAGAAUCAAUAGUUUUACAAUAUUUGACAUCAUUAAGAAUGUCACCAAUGUGGAUGAGACCCAGAUCCAGACUGACCCCUUUAUACAUAUAACCAAUGACAUCUGCCCUCAGCCUCAGCAGCUGAACAUCUCUACCACUAUAAACCUGAAUGGACAGUCGUCACUCAUCCUAGAGGAUUGUACAGGUUUUCAGACCUACGACUACUUCUUCAACAGUAAUUACUCAUUUGCUCUCACAUUUAUAGUUGUGGGACUUUGUAUACCAGCAACUGUUGUCAUCACGAUCCAGCUGGCAAAGCGCAGGAUAAAAUCAAUGACAUUGAGAAAAAAGAAAGUCGCAAAGUCAUUCAAGGGUGGUACCGAACCAAACGUAUUUGAUGUUUUGGAGUGGGUUGGACACAAGGAAGGAGAACGAAACAUCAAAGUCCGGUUUGAUAGCAAGCGACGUAAGAUACAUGUCAGUGAUAGGCGAGGCAAACCACUGCGUAUGAUUGACUUACGGCAGCGUGGGGAACACCAGAUUCGGCCAAUCUAUGUAUGGCUGGAAGAUGAUCACUCUCUCAGCAUGUGUUCUGUACGCGCUGAGGGCGAGAUUGACCUGAUUCUACAGUUUGCUGACAUGGAAGACAUGGCAGAGUUUGUUCAGAAGCUGGAGACUUUCCUUAAAUCCAUCAACGUUGAAAUGAACCAGACCCGCAUGAGACACGACAUCAUAAUCAACAAUGCUCAGACCAAAGACAAACGACAGAAACUCCUGGAUAAAUUCUUCCGAAUCGUGUCACUUCAGGCAUUCAAGGAGACUGCAGAAGACAUUGCGAUGGAACCCUUGGACCAGGACACUGCCAAACAGCUGGCUGAUAUCAAACUGACACGUACAGAAUUCGCAGAGGCCUUUGGUCUGAAACCAACCUCGAUGUUUGUCCGCAACAUGUUCCUCCUGGUGGAUUCUGAUAAAUCUGGAUUUGUAAACUUCAGAGAAUUUUUGGACUUCUUCGUUGUUUUGUCUUCACAGGACUCCGACAGUAAAGUGCAGCUUAUCUUCAACAUGUACGACAUUGGACAGAAGGGUGUACUCUCCAAGUCAGACUUCUCUAAGAUGAUCCUGUCUCUACUAGACCUGUCAGAUUCCAGCUUGGACAAGAGUAAGGUCACAGAUCUCAUCUCCUCUAUGUACCGUGUCGCUAACGUGAGGGAGGGAUCCGAAAUGACAUUUACAGACUUCAAAAAGAUCUUUGAAGAUGAGGAAUAUGCCAAGACAUUAGCUAAUGCUACACUGGAUCUAGAUGGAAUGUCUCAUGAAGUUCAAACGCAUGAUCCGAGGAAGAAGCACGAUUCCACCCUCCAGUCAAGGAGCAAGACUCUAAUGAGGAAUUACGACAAAGGGGGAAAGUCAAAGGGGCUGUCAAAUCGUAAGAGAGGAACAUCAGUCAGAGUGACAACAACAAAGAUCAUAUUUCCAAAAACAAAGACCGGCCAGCUGUGGUUCCAGUUUACGUCGUGGGUGGCCACCUACCAACUAGUCAUCUUCUGGACAGUUCUUUACACACUCAUUCUCAUGGGCAUCUUCGCGGAACGUGCUUUCUACUAUUCUUUUGAGCGUGAACAUGCAGGACUGCGCCGUAUCGCUGGAUAUGGUGUGACGAUAACUCGAGGAGCUGCCAGUGCUAUGAUGUUUACAUACUGUCCACUACUCAUCACUAUGAGUCGCAACUUGAUCACAUUCUUCCGGGAAACUUUUCUGCAUCGCUUCUUCCCCUGGGAUUCGAUGCACUUCCUGCACAAGUAUAUUGCAUUCUGGGCUCUCCUUUUCACAAUGGUCCAUGUCGUUGGUCACAGUAUCAAUCUGUACCACAUCUCCACGCAGUCCUCCGGGGACCUCAACUGUAUAUUCCGUGAAUACUUCAGAGCGCAAGACGAACUAGCAACUUUUCACUACUGGGCAUACACAACUAUCACAGGACUCACAGGAAUUAUUUUAACCUUGAUAGUCAUCACUAUGUAUGUCUUUGCAAUGCCAUACGCUCGUCGCUACGUAUUCAACGCUUUCUGGAUGACCCACAAGUUCUACGUACUGCUAUACAUCUUCAGUAUCAUGCAUGGCUCUGGGCGUCUUGUCCAACCACCCCUGUUCUGGCUGUACUUCCUCCCUUGUCUCUUCAUUUUCAUCCUCGAUAAAAUGAUCAGUGUUAGUCGCAACAAGAUCCAGAUUGCUGUUGUCUCUGCAGACCUCUUACCCUCAGAUGUGAUAGCUCUAGUUUUCAAACGACCUGCAAGUUUUGAGUACAAGUCAGGUCAAUGGGUUCGGAUUGCCAGCCUCGACCUGGGUAAGAGAGAGUACCAUCCUUUCACUUUGACCUCUGCCCCCCAUGAGGCACAUCUCAGUCUGCACAUCCGCGCUGUGGGACCCUGGACCACCAACAUUCGUGAACUCUAUGACCCUGACCAACUGGAAUACAAGAAGUACAAGCUUCCCAAGCUAUUUCUAGACGGCCCAUAUGGGGAGGGACAUCAGGAUUGGUACCGGUUUCAGGUGGCCAUCUUGGUUGGUGGUGGAAUCGGGGUCACACCCUUUGCCUCCAUCUUGAAAGACAUUGUCCAUAAGUCAAAAACUGAUGACUUUAGAUUUUCAUGCAAAAAGGUGUAUUUCCUGUGGGUGACCCGUACCCAGAAACAGUUUGAAUGGAUGACAGAGAUCAUCCAGGAAGUUGAAAACAACGACUUGAAAAGCUUUGUCGAUGUUCACAUCUUUAUUACACAGUUCAAGGAGAAGUUUGAUUUCAGGACUACUAUGUUGUACAUCUGUGAGCGACAUUUCCAGAAAGUGGCCGGGAAGAGUUUAUUCACUGGUCUGAGUGCCACCACCCAUUUUGGCAGACCACAGUUUCAAGACAUCCUCAGGUCUAUAGGCACUGAACACCCUAAGGUUAAUCGUGUUGGGGUGUUCAGCUGUGGUCCACCUCCAAUGACCAACACUCUGGACAAGGCCUGCUCCGACCUCAACAAAAUACAGGGUACCUUAUUCAAACACCACUUUGAGAACUUUUAGAGGGAAAGAAAUACAGUGCGACAUACAUAUGAGACCACUCCUUUUGCCAACAGACAAAGAUUUCUAAUAUGGAACAUGUCCAGGAGAGUACCUUUCCUACUGUUUAAAACGAUACACUUUCAGGACAGGAAUUUUACUGUCCUAAAAGAGGUGGUCAAUCCAGGCGAGUUCUGUUUUAUUAGAAAGUCCAAGUAUUCAGAUAUUUAAAUAGAAAUUCAUUUUAAAGAGUUUGAGUCUUGCGUUCAGAGCAAGACCAUAUCCUAUUCACUGAUUGAAUAUGUCUAUUUAAACAUUAAAUAAAAUCACAACAUUCAGAUUUUAAUCUUUUACUCUGAUUAAUGUUUAAAAUCAGAAAAUUAAUCAUAUCUUGCAUAAAAAGUAGAACUGUUUCAUGAUAGCAAAUACAAGCAUGCAUCAGCAAAUUUUAAAACUCAUCCAUUUGAACAGCCAUUG